UCAUUAUCAACAACCUGAGUUUACUAAAACUUCACUAAAGCCUCAGAUAACAGUCUGUAGUAACUUCUAUGUUGUUUUAGGCGUAACAUUACCCGGUGCAUUAUGAAGAAAGCACCGUAUUUCGCAGCGUGGAGGUGUGCUGUUCUGUGUUUGCUCGUCGCCGGUUAGUUAAGCUGAGACAGUUAGUGGACUGUAGUCUCUGACAGCCUUAGUUUAGCAGUAAUAUGCUCCGACAUCACGCUUCGUUUGAACCAGGUUGUGGAAUUAUCCUCGGUGUUUGUUAGCUGGCUUUGACCCGUCUGCAUGCUUCGUGAGGCGCUGGUGAUGAAGACCAUGUCCCCGCUGCUCCUUCAUCCUGCCGUCAGCAUCAUCUAGCCGCUGCCGGCUCUGCUCCUCUCUCCGCCCGACCCCCACGGGCGAUGGCUCACUGCGGACACUCCGAGCCGAGCGCCAAGCUGCAGGCACCAGACAGCGUCCCACCGGACCGGAGCACCACCAGGCCGGUCCUAUUCGAGAUCUUCGGCGAGAUUUGGACCGUCCAGUCGCGGCUCGGCCAGGGGGUGUCGGCCUCGGUGUACCGGGUCAGCUCCGGCAGAGCCGCCACGGCCGCCGUGAAGGAGUUCCAGGCCGACUCUCAGGGAGGAGACUACGGCUUCCACAAAGAGAGGUCUGUGCUGGAGGACAUCCAGGGACACAAAAACAUCGUGACGCUAUACGGCGUGUUCUCCAACCACAACUGUGAGGGAGUGUCCACUUACUGUCUCCUGUUGGAGCUGUUGGACGUCAGUGUUUCUGACCUUCUGGUGAGACGCAGCACUGAUCUCCAAGGCGGGAGACCUCAGCAGGGCCACUCCAUGUGGCUCGUCCAGCACUGCGCCAGAGACAUCUUGGAGGCUCUGUCCUUCCUUCACAGGGAAGGCUACGUCCACGCUGACCUCAAGCCACGCAACAUCCUCUGGAGUGCUGACGACGAGUGCUUCAAGCUCAUCGACUUCGGCCUCAGCUUCAAACAGGGAAACCAGGAUGUUAAGUACAUCCAGACAGACGGGUACCGUGCUCCUGAAGCCGAGCUUCAGAACAGCCUGGCCCAGGCUGGGGUGGAGGGAGACUCCGGUUGCACGGCUGCUGUGGACCUGUGGAGUCUGGGGGUGGUCCUGUUAGAGAUGUUCUCAGGAAUCAAACUGAAAGACACUGUUGGUUUGGAGGAGUUGAAGGAGAACAGUGCUGCCAUUGUUGAUCAUAUCUUCUCUAACAACAAUCUGCUGUGCCCUGCCAUCCCGGUUUAUCACCUCAGAGACCUUAUUAAAAGCAUGCUUCUCCAUGACCCAAAACAAAGAUGCACGGCUCACACUGCUCUGCUGAGUCCAUUCUUCAGCAUUCCCUUUGCGCCUCACGUCAAAGAUCUGGUUCUGCUGCCUUCUCCUGUUCUCCGUUUGCUCAACCUGAUUGACGACAGCCACUUGCACAAUGACGAAGAGUAUGAUGACAUCCUGGAGGACAUGAAAGAGGAGUGUCAGAAGUACGGCUCUGUGGUUUCUCUGCUUAUUCCUAAAGAAAAUCCAGGGAAAGGCCAGGUGUUUGUGGAGUACGCCAACUCCAGCGACUCCAAGGAAGCCCAGCGCCUGCUGACGGGCCGAACCUUCGAUGGGAAGUUUGUUGUGGCCACCUUCUACCCACUGAGCGCCUAUAAAAGAGGUUAUCUGUACCAGACUGUGCAGUGAAGUCUGAACUCAUUCUUGUUUUCUACACGAGGGAUGCACAAUGUUGAGUAAAUGAUCAUCAAGCAGUUUCUUUAGUCAUAUUCAUAAUGUGACGGCCCAGUUACACAAUUUAACAAAA